ACCAGGUGGGGGGCAGAGCACCAGUUCCAGCUACACAGACCCAUUGUCUUGGAGUAAACUUCACGGAAAAUCAAAAACCGGGCUGACACGUUUCUUUAGACGGCGCGCGCGCUGACAUUUUCCUCUCUUUCCCAUAAAUCCAUAGCCACAUUAUCUCAAUUUGCCAAAAGGGGAUCACACGGGACGUUUUUUCACCCCUCGGUGCUUUUAGUCCGGCGGCCGAGAGAAGCUGAACAAGGCGUUCCUCCGCUCCUUCCUUCAGGGACCGUGGCUGUGUCUGGGACCCCCGCACCGCGCAUCCGUCCACGCAGCCUCCUUCGCUCGAGCUCAGCUGUGGGUGUGAUUUCGCCCGCACGGGAUGACGACUGAAACACCGCAACAGCAACUCGACCCGCCGCCGCCUUUAAGAUCAAGUCCGGCACCCGGUGUCUUACACUCCGCCUUGAUGAACACACCGGCCGCUGCAGAGACUGUGGCGACAGCAGUCGCUGCCAAAGGAAAAAAGGCGAACUCGGGUCUGAGGCGACCCGAAAAGCCGCCCUAUUCAUACAUAGCCCUCAUAGUGAUGGCUAUCCAGAGCUCCCCGACAAAGAGGCUGACGCUGAGCGAGAUUUAUCAGUUUCUGCAAGCCAGGUUCCCGUUCUUUAGAGGGUCUUAUCAGGGAUGGAAGAAUUCAGUGCGACACAAUUUGUCUCUGAACGAAUGCUUCAUCAAGCUACCCAAAGGCCUCGGAAGACCAGGCAAAGGCCAUUACUGGACCAUUGACCCGGACAGCGAGUUCAUGUUUGAGGAAGGCUCGUUCCGUCGCAGACCUCGGGGAUUCCGGAGAAAAUGCCAAGCUCUGAAGCCCAUGUACCGGAUGAUGAACGGAAUUGGUUUCGGUACAUCCAUAUUACCGCAGGGCUUUGAUUUCCAAUCACCCUCGGCGUCGCUGGCGUGCCACACCAAUGCCUACAACCUGGACAUUAUGGCAAACUCCAUACCAGGGGGCUACGACGGGCAAAGCGGCGGGCACCACGUCCCUCACUUGUCCCCUAGCACAGGGUCCACUUACAUGGCCAGCUGUCCAGUGGCGUCGAACGGAGACUACGGGCCAGACAGCAGUAGCAGUCCAAUGCCUUCUUCCCCGGUCAUGGCGAGCGCCUUAGAUCACUCUCCGUAUUCCACAACCCCCGCGCACUGGCCGACUCCCGGAGGCUCUCCGUACAUCAAACAGCAACCGCUGACAUCUGCCAGCCCCACGUCCUCCGGCUUACAGUCCAGCAUGUCGCCCUACUCUCUGGACCAGAGUUAUCUUCAUCAGAACGCCAGAGAUACGGCUGAUAUUUCAGUGGGAAUACCUCGGUACCAGAGCCAUUCCGCCUCGGUGUGCGACAGGAAGGAUUUUGUUCUGAACUUUAACGGUAUCUCCUCCUUCCAUCCCUCGGCAAAUGGAUCAUACUAUCACCACCAGCUGCAUCACCAUCAUCACAGCGUCUGUCAGGACGUCAAACCGUGCGUGAUGUGAGUCCUUCGGGCCGUUACGCGACGCACACGCCACGACCGUCAAAAUGACGGGGAAAGUAUUUUAUCACUUUGAAAAGUUUGAAGACACAGACGAACUUGAAAACGAACGAUGACUUUUUUUUUAAAGUAAGACUUGCAACACAGUUUAAGGUAAAAAGCUACACGGACACCCACACGAUAUAAAUCAAUGAUAUUCAUACAGGGAAUCAGGCGUCAAACGCCUCCGUGCCUACAAACCACUAAGCCUCGUCGGCUGACUAGUUUAUUGUUCUAACCAUGCACAGACGUUUUUCAUACUCAAGCGAUUCGGUGUGGAGUGUUCGCCGUCAUAAACUGU